AAAAUAUUACUUACUUGGAUGAACCCAAUCUUGAUAGCCUUCAGCAGGCUGUACUAAUGAAGCAAAAGAUACUGGCAACAGUGAUCUUACUUCCCAAUUAGUUAAAGAAGUUCGUUUGAUUUGCAUUAAUUGAUCAUUCAAAGGCAUCACCAGUAUACCACCAACUUUCAGCAAGUUUUUCAUAUAAGUCUCGUACUGUUCUGGACAUGCUGCACCACAAUAGACUCUGUCAUACUGAGCAUUGCAAUCAGUGGUAAGGCACAAACAAUUUCCAUGAAUAAAUUUGGGUUCACAGUAAUCAAAUUCAUCAAUAGCCCCAGAGUUCUUCUUAAAGUCUUCUAAUUUCUUGUUAGCAUAAACAACAACAUUUUUGUGGUACUCUAUACCAUGAUUCACUCCGUAACUACCAAGAAUAAGUCCUACCAUUGUACUCAAAUACCCUGUACCUGAACCAAGGUUUAAAAAUGAUAAACCUGGCUCUAGACACAACCCUUCCAUUACUUCGCUGUAGAUACAUGGAGCUGAUAAGUGUAAAUUACCGUAUUUCCAUGCAAGGUCUUUAUAAGCAUUAGCUCUGCCUUCAGGCAGAAAAUAUUCUGCUCUAUCAACAGCUCGAAAAACUCUUUCAACUAUAGGCGUUUUGAUAUAGUCUGCUUCAAGCAAAUUGUCUAUUAAAUCAUCGUUAUUCUGUCCAGAACUUACUACUCCGCCCAUUUUGAUUGACUAAAAAAAUAUAUAAAUAAAUCCCGACAUUUUACUUUCUACGUCAACAAAAGCAUAACAAACAAGUGCAUGUACAUAGAUAUACCUUAAUAAAAUAGUAAUUUUUUCAAUUUUCAAACGCUUUUAAGGUCAUCAAAUUCUUCAAUGCCCUUCAUAUGAUACAUUUCUAAUCAUCACAAUAAAUAUUUAGGACAAUCACUUUAAAUUUUACCAAAACAAUCACUUGUCAAAUAGUUGGAUUUUGUACACACCAAGAAAAUUCAAGACGUGAGGUGAGGGGAACCAGCUGUUUUCUCCUUUCAUAUCUUAUUCUAGGUACGCAUGCGCUCUAGCUAUCCCAGCAACUGGCAAGCAGACAUGACUUCCCUCACGUCCACAGAGUUAUCAAUAACUCGGGAGGAAUUGGAAAAUUCCAAAAUAACUAUUAAUACAAACAAUAGCCAACUUAUUUUAGAAAAUAAUUCCUCUGAUGUAACCAUCUCUAAAUGUGAACCAUCAACAUUAUCAAGUAUGCCACCAACUUCAAAUUCUGCGAUUACGGUGAAAACUCAAGUUUUACCACUAGUUUAUAUUCAGAAUAAUUCAAAUAUUCCAUUUCCAUCAGUUAACAAAACGAACAGUAGUGUUGUGGUAAAUAAUAUACCACAAUUUCAAGUAGCAACAAUAACUCCAAAUGGAAAUAAAAACAAUUCCGUUCCAACCACUUCUAUUUCAGUAGCAACAAACCCAAAUCUAAUUUUCACUGGACGACCACAUCCAUUGGUCAUCCAAAAAAAUUCUGCAAAUGUUGUACCGUUAGUGCCAGUGUCAGUUUCUGGAGGUACAAAAAUAGCAGGGGUUUUAACUAUGAUAAAACCUUCCAGCAAUCAUGAUCCUACAAAAAUAAACACUGUGAAUGCAUUUCACUUGAAUAAUAAUCAUAUGUCUUACAUUCCUAAAGUAAAUGACAGUUAUCCUUUUUUAAACAGUAAUAAUACUUUUAUCCAAUCUCAAAAUCCACAACAAAAAUUUGUUUUGGCGCCAAUGCCGAAAAUCACUACAAACAGACUACCUACAACUUCAACAACAAACUGUGUUCAACCAAAACUUGCUAUUUUACCAAUGCCUGUACCGAAUACUGAACCAAUUAUCACUAAGCCGAAAGUAUAUAGUAAUAUUAAAAUAAGUGAUGGACAUGUACAAGGUGAUUCUGGCAAUAUAACUGUGAAGUGCGGUAACAGAUCAAAUGAAAACAGUAUGGACGUAGACAGCAAUAGUGGUGAAAAACUAGUAUGUGAUGAAAUUAUCGAUUUGGAUAGUCCUGAAAAAAAUGACCUCAGCAAUAAAACUUAUGAACUUAGCAUUACUGAAGAUUCUACUAGUUCUCAAAAUGAUGUAAGGACUUCUGUGAUACUAUCUAGGGCGAAUGAAAAUAAUGAAGUCUUUGUAUCACAACCCGCUUCUAGUGAAGCAGGAAAUAUAAUUAUUACUAUCCCUCAAACUCACAAGCCUGAAAAAGAGAGACGAAGGAAAUCUACAUUAACCUGCAUUAAGGAAUAUGAUGAAAUGGAGGUGACUUCUAUAAAUCAUUUAGGAGAAGAAACAUUUGUCAAACCCUGUUUUGAAAUAAAUAAAUUGAAUUUAGAAGAAUCCAAGAAAAAAUUGACAAGUGAAGUGGAAAUAGAAUUAAUCAAAGAAAAACCUUUGAUGACAGUUGAGGAUUGUGAUCUACAAAAAGUAUUAAAUUGGGAUGAUGGCAUAGGUACAUUACCAGGUACAAAUAUAAAAUUUGUAGUAAAUGAAUUCAAUUUAGUUGAAUACAUUACUGAUAACGAGUAUAAAACUAUUAUAGAGAAACGCAUGGCAAAGGCUAAGGAAAAAAUGAAAACACCGGAGUUCCAGGAAGAGAUGCGAUGCUUAGAAUGUGGGUGUUAUGGAAUGUCUUCAGAUUUUAUUAACCCUAAAUUUUGCAGCUUUGAUUGCCAAGAUACUUUUCAAACAAAAAACAAUAAAAAAGAAAAAACUGAUAAGUAUAAGAAGAAAAAGAAAAAAACGAAAGUUGAACCUGAUACAAUAAAAUUAGACAAACAAGAAAAUGAAGAAAGUGAAGAGGAUUCUGUUGACAAUUCUUCUCAAGAUAAAUUUAUGUCAUAUCCAUGGGCAUGUAAAAAGAAAGGAUUUUCUUGGUCCAAAUACUUAGACCAUGUUAAAGCUAAACCUGCUCCUGUAAAAUUAUUCAAAGACCCAUUUCCCUAUACUCGAAAUGGUUUUCGUCCAGGGAUGAAAUUGGAAGGGGUAGAUCCCCAACAUCCCUCUUAUUUUUGUGUUCUUACUGUCGCUGAAGUAGUCGGCUAUAGAAUUAGACUGCAUUUUGAUGGUUAUCCUGAUAAUUAUGAUUUUUGGUGCAAUGCUGAUAGUAUGGAUAUAUUUCCAAUGGGUUGGUGUGAGAAGUAUGGCCAUAUUUUACAACCUCCUUCGGGGUAUACUGUGCAGAACUUCAAUUGGGUACAAUAUUUGAAGAAUACGAAAUGUAGUGCUGCACCAAAACAUCUGUUUGCCAAUAGGGCUGGUCAGGCAAUAUGUCCAAAUGGAUUUAGAGUAGGAAUGAAACUAGAAGCAGUUGAUAGAAAAAACACUGCACUCGUAUGUGUAGCAACAGUCAGGGAUAUGAUGGAUAAUAGAAUAUUGGUACAUUUUGACAGCUGGGAUGACAUUUAUGAUUACUGGGCAGAUCCAACUUCUCCUUACAUCCAUCCUGUGGGAUGGUGUGAUCAAUAUGGACAUAAUCUCACUCCACCAAAUGUUAAGCACAUUCUCAAAACCAUUCCAGACUACCCAAACCCAGAAUCGUUCUCCUGGGAAGUAUACUUAAAAGAAACAAAAUCAUCUCCAGCUCCAGUUCGAGCUUUUAAACAGCGUCCAACUUGUGGCUUCAAAAGGGGGAUGCGGUUAGAAUGUGUUGAUCGAAGAGUACCUCAACUCAUAAGGGUGGCAACGGUGGAUGAUGUCAAGGAACACCAAAUUAGAAUCCACUUCGAUGGAUGGCCCGAUAAAUACAGUUAUUGGGUGGACGAUGAUAGUCCUGAUAUACAUCCUAUGGGCUGGUGUCAAAAGACUGGACAUCCAAUUGAACCUCCAUUAACUCCAGAUGAUGUCUACGACUUCUUAGAGUGUCCCACCGUAGGUUGUAGAGGACAAGGACAUAUAAAGGGUCCCAAAUUCGCAACUCACUCUAUUCAAAAGCAUUGCCCGUAUGCUGAUGAAAAUCUUGACAUUGAGAAAAUCCUGCCUGAUAGACUUCUCAGUCCUGACAAAACACCUGAAGCAGUAGUACCAGUUACACGAGAACCAAAAGAUUGCAAACUCAAACCAAGACUUGGUCGUCCUCCAAAACAUCCUCGUAUGGAGAUAAAACCAGAACCUAUAGAAAUAAUACCAGAUGAUGAUGAGGAAGAAGGACCACCGCCAGAGAAAAAACCAAGAAAGAAAUAUCGAAAGAAAGUAAAAAUGGAUCCAGACGAACAAUCAUCUGAAACGAAGGCAUUAGAAUAUAUACAACAACUAAACAUUUUACCCGCGGAGCGUGAAUCUUGGCAAAAACAUUCAGAGUUUUUGCAAAAAUUUAUAAAAACAGAGUUCGAUCCUCGAUUUUGGACUAAUCGGGAGGUGGUCAAUUUUGUAUCAAACUUACCGAGUUGUGCAAGUCAUUGUGACAAAUUUUAUACAGAAAAAAUCGAUGGAGAAGCCUUUCUUUCUCUUAGCCAAAAGGACAUUGUCUCUAUUUUGAAAUUUAAGGUUGGUCCAGCUGUAAAGUUGUAUAAUAGUAUUGUUUUGUUAAGGCAGCAAGUGCACAAAAAAGUGUUUACGUGAAGUAUUAUUUAGAAAAAGUGAUAUUUUUAAGGCUUGUCGUUUUAUUAUUUAACACAUUUAUUUGUAUAUAGCUGUAUAAAGACUUAUUUUAUUGAUGAAUAUAACUUUUCAUUUUUUAAAUA